UUGCUUUAAUUAGGUGACCAAAAUAAUUCAGACAAAAACAUGACAAGUUGAGCCCUUUUUAAAUAUAUUAAGCUAUUAUUAAUUGUAUUUUGGGGGCAGAAUAAUUCUUUAAUAAUCGUGUCCUAAAUCCAGCAUGAGAAAAAGCCUAAAAUAGGCCACCCAGACUCAGUGGGGUGUGUGGCUUUCAGCUCAUAUCUAAAUGCGAUAUGUAUAUGAGUGUGUAUGAAUAACUAUGAAAGUCAAGGGCAACUUUAAUGGUAAUUUAAUAAACUCUCAAAUGUCCCCUAUUGAUUUCUCGAUUGUCAAUUUAUAUGAUAAAAUAAAUACACAUGAAUUAUAAAAAGAUGAGUUUGUUAAGCAAGGCUUGAGAAAUUGUAAUGUCGUUUUAUAGAUCUUUAUAUGAGAACAUAGACCUGCGACGAUCAUAUCUGGGUGGCCUCUAAUAAUUGACCCCCCACGUGAUCCGGUUCAAGCGAUUUAAUCAUGCCCCAUAUAGUCAAAAUCACUCAAAAGAACGGAUCGGACAUCGCAAACGAACCGACACGUUCUGAUGGCACAGAUAGAUCUAGGCACUUACUUUACUCAAGCCUGCAGUGAAACCCAACGCUCUGCGGGACUCACUCACUCAGGUGAAGGGGGCGGAGUCAGCCGCUCGCGCACUGUGAAGAGCUGUAGGGCACGCGCGCCUCUGCAGAAUGCGAAGCGACCGCGCGCGUGUGUGGAGAGACUCGAGUGUAAUGAGCUAUUAAAAUUCUGAGGUGAUUUCAGACUGCGCUAAAGGUAAAUCUAAGUUCACUAGCGCGUUGUGUGGACGUUACAUAUUAAAUAUGAAGAACUUUAAAUAUUUUAUGUCGUCGUUGUUGUUUUUAUAGCCUAAUUUGCUGUUAUAUUUGUCAUAUUUUCUUGUAAAAGUGAAGAAAAGGCGCAACCGUCAUAACUUGAUGCUGUGCUUUUAACGCGCGCGCUUGUUUAUUUGUCUUUCUCCAUCCAGUUUGUGAUGCUUUGAACGGUCCUCAUCAUGUCUCAUGCCGAAGUUGAGUUCGCUGGACGUGGUUUUCCAGGUUUACCUGUUGAAUUAGAGGAGGACUGUCUCCCUAGAGUGCCAAGGCUGCGAACGCACUCCUUGAGCGCGAGGAGGAACUCAUACGUGCUUCAUAAACUCAGUGUGGAUAUUGACCCGCAAAUAUACACUGAGACACUCUCCAAAGCGCUGUCAUGGUCUUCUGAAAACAUUUUAUCAGAGAGAACAACUGAGGAAGGUAAAACAUCUCCAAGUUCUCCAUCUUUGGUCUCCAGCCCAGAGUCUUCUACACCCAACGCCAACCCAGCAGCUCCAGGGGACUGGAGAAGCUCUGUCCAGACGCCUCUGACCCCGGCCAGUUCAGAUUCGGACAAUGAGGGGUCCAAGGUCGAGCAUGUGGUUCCACGACGCCCACUUGUUAGCAGACUGGAACAGGACGAGAAAGAGGACAUCGAGACCAAAGCGGUGGCCACCUCACCGGAUGGAAGGUAUCUGAAGUUCAACAUUGAAAUUGGGAGAGGGUCGUUCAAGACGGUCUACAAGGGGCUGGACACUGAGACCACAGUGGAAGUGGCAUGGUGCGAGUUACAGACUCGCAAACUGACCAAAAUGGAGCGCCAGCGCUUCAGUGAAGAGGUUGAAAUGCUCAAGGGUCUUCAGCACCCAAACAUCGUGCGCUUUUAUGACUCCUGGAAGUCCACUGUGAAAGGUCACAAGUGCGUCCUGCUGGUCACCGAGCUCAUGACUUCUGGCACUCUCAAAACGUAUCUGAAGCGAUUUAAAGAGAUGAAACCAAAGCUCUUACAGAGGUGGAGUCGUCAGAUCCUCAAAGGACUUCACUUCCUGCACACUCGCACCCCUCCCAUCAUUCACAGGGACCUGAAGUGUGACAAUAUCUUCAUCACAGGGCCCACCGGAAGUGUGAAGAUCGGGGACCUUGGCCUGGCCACACUCAAGAGGGCAAGUUUUGCAAAGAGUGUAAUAGGAACUCCAGAGUUCAUGGCUCCAGAAAUGUAUGAGGAGAAGUACAACGAGGCGGUGGACGUCUACGCAUUCGGCAUGUGUAUCUUGGAGAUGACCACAUCAGAAUACCCAUACUCAGAGUGCCAAAACGCCGCCCAGAUUUACCGCAAAGUUACCAGCGGUAUAAAGCCGGACAGUUUCUGCAAGGUGAAAGUUCCAGAGUUGAAGGAAAUCAUUGAAGGCUGUAUCCGCAUGAACAAAGAUGAAAGAUACACCAUCCAGGACCUGCUGGAGCACACGUUCUUCCAGGAGCACAACGGCGUUCACGUUGAACUGGCCGAGGAAGAUGAUAUGGUCAAAUCCAGCCUGAAGCUCUGGCUUCGCAUGGACGACACCAAGAAGCUCCACGGAAAGUACAAGGACAACAACGCCAUCGAGUUCCUGUUCGAGCUUUACAAAGACGUGCCAGAGGAGGUGGCACAGGAGAUGGUGAUUCUGGGGUUUGUAUGUGAGGUGGACUACAAGCUGGUGGCCAAGGCCAUGCGAGACCGUGUGACGGCCAUCAAGCGCCAGCGGGAAAAACAUCGCCGGCUAGCAGAGGAGCAGCAGAAGAAGAAGAAGGAGGAGAUUAUUGAGGAAGAGCCUGAGCUGUUAUCGCCCAAACCCACCAUUCAAAUGUCUGAAAACCCCGCCCCCUUUCCUGUGCAGGCCCCGCCCACUCCUGGAAUCCCUGAGCCUGUCAUUGGCUCAUCGGAUUCGGGGAUUAUCGGGAGCUUCCCACCAGAGCCAGAGGAACCGGAGGCCGAUCAACACUUCCACAUCCACCACACAAGCUGCUCCUCAACAACCUCUGACUGUGAGACUGAUGGAGAUCUCAGCCCCUCUGGUUUACAGGAUGGUCCCGAGGCUUCAAAUCUCAGCAUCAGCUGCUCUCCACAGGCCACGCCCACCACCUCUCCACCAAUCCCAGCUCUCCGUUUCUCCUCGAGUAUUGCCGUGUCGACUAAAACAGAGAGAGGACCUCCUAGCCCUUUCUCCUCACCUGUGGACAGUUAUGCUUCAGAUGUGACCUCAGGCUUGAGCGACGGCUACGAGGGCCAAUCAGAGAGGGGGAGCAAAUCAGCGACCCGACGGACAACAGCGAAACUGUUUAGGCGAAGAACGCGGUCCCGCCUGCGGAUUACAGGGCUGUCUGAUAAAGUAGAUCGGGUGGUUGAGUGUCAGCUACAGACGCAUAACGAUAAGAUGGUCACCUUCAAGUUUGACCUGGAUGGCGACAACCCUGAGGACAUCGCAGCGGUGAUGGUACAUAAUGAGUUCAUCCUGCCCUCAGAGAAGGAAGGUUUCAUUUACCGCAUCGGGGACAUCAUUAAGCGAGCAGAGUCUAUGCUGAAGGACUCAUCUGGUCAACACGAGACCUACGGAGCCGCCCGUCCCUCUUAUCUUAAUGCCGUCAACUCACUGUCUGGUUCUCAGCCAAACCUCCACAGUCUGGCACGAGCUCACUCCUCUUCCUCUCUACCAGCGGAGUUUGGUCUGGGCGCCGGGGCGAGAGCCUCUCCUCUGGGAGUCGGUGGAGACAUUACCUCAUCCACACGUCCACUCUUACGCUCACAGUCUUUCCAUAAUGGCCCAGGUUCUCAUCCUCAUCACGUUCCAUCAGCCUCAGCCUACCCUUCUGAUCCCAGAAUGCCUCAUUCCAACCUACCUCACGUUCAGCAGUACAUGCCCUCGUACAUGAACAACCCAACCCACUUCCCCUUCCCGUACCCGCCUCACCCCGGCUCCCCCAAUCCCAGCCACACUCCUCUGUCCCGUAUGCACAGCAGUCCGUCAUACUCCCUCUCGUCCCCUGCGUCCGGCCCGGGCUCCCCCAGCCCGCUCUCCUCAGACGUCUCAAGUCCCGUUUCCGACGUCAACCUGAUGUCUCCGGCUCACGCGCAGGCCAUGUGGCCGUCUCACAGUCAGCCUCUGUUUUCCCUGGCUAAUGUGCUGUCUAUGGCAAUGAGCAUGGCACAUUCCUUCAUGCCCUCACCGAACCUGGUUCAGGCCAUGCCGGGUUUCCGGCCUGGUUAUCCCACGAUGUAUGCGCCCCAGUAUCCUCAAUCUCCAGGGAUGGCCGAGUAUUACCAGAGCAUGGAAUCUCAGUUUCGAGACAGUGUGAUGUCGCCACCUUCCCAAACGUUUCCGACAUCUACUUCACCCAGUGGCGUUUCCAUGUCCGCCCAGCAGACAGCGUCUCAAGAGGGAAUGCUGAAUGCACAGGAAUCCUCUAAGGAAUAUCCUCACGGAUACAGACCCGCUUUCCCCAGGCACUUACUCGAGCAGCGGAGCAGCCCCGGGUCUUCAUUGGGACUGUCGUCUUCUCCACGAGCGAGCCCAGAUAGCAGAGUGUCGUCAUCCAGUCCCAGAUCAUUGUCUCCUCUGGUGUCAGGAGAGAGUACCAGAACUUCACAGUGCCAAGAAAUCUCUUCACCAUCUGAGCCGAAGUCGACUGUGACAGUGGGCCGUUUUCAAGUGUCCCCCAGUAAAGAGAUUCCUGCUCCCGCCAGGCACUCAGAGACUCAACCUCCUCCACCUGUCGUCCCUCGGCUCGUCCCGCCCGCGUGCUCGUUUCUAGCUCCAAAUCCAGUGAAAAACCUGUCCGUUCCUCCUUCCUGUGAUGCUCGGCGUGAUCUGAGUCCUCCUGCCCAGCCUGAGACGGGGAGAAAUGGAAAAGAUCAGCAAGAGGAGGAUAAUGAUGAUGAUGAUGGUGAUGAGAGUGCUCUGGAUAAGAAACACAGGAGGAAGAAGGGGCUCAGGGUGGAUUGUGGGCCGGGUCUGUUGGGAACGUCGGUGGACAGUGGUUUUUCUGUGGCUCUGGACACAGACGGGAGGGAUGGAAACACGACCAGUCCUCCUUUUCCUCUCCACAACCUGUGGAUGAGCUACACGCGAAGCUCCUCCUACCUGAGCAGCGACGAAUCAGAGAGCGAGGAUGACGAGAUGUGGGGGGAGCUACAGGAGCUGAGGGAGAAGCAUCUGUGUGAGGUUCAGUCUCUCCAGGCGCUGCAGAAGCGAGAGAUAGAGGAGCUGUACUGUAAGAUGGGCAAGAUUCCUCCUCCCUGUAUAGUGUCUCCAGCAGUCAUGCUCUCCAGCCGCCAGCGCCGCAUGUCUAAAGCAGGAAACUUCCCAUCGUCCCGCAGAAACAGCCUCCAGAGACUCGACAUUCUGCCUUUAGCAGGGAUCAUGAGGAAGAACUCUCUGAGCGGCAACAGUAGCAGCAGUUCCCAGGAGGAUUCCCGGCCGGCUAAAGGAGUGACUUUCGCUGCGGAUUUCACUAGAAUGUGAGAAUCCCGGUACAUUGGCGGGACUAUAUCCGACUACCUCAUCCAUCUGUGACUGACAUGCGGGAUGUUUCUGUGAAGAGCCGAGGGUUUGGCGGGACUCUGCACUGAUGGUGAUUCCUAACUCUCUCUUUUGCACUUUUCUGAAACCUGCUGAACGGGCAAACAUCUGAGUCAACAGAUGCCCUGCUGUUUCUGUUCGCGCUGUAGAAACACCAGAUCACCACGCAAGAAUCGCAGCAGUCUCCGUGAACUCAGUAGAUCCGGUGCGGACGUAUUUCUGCUAUCCCCUGAUAGGGUCUGCUUUAUCAUAAUAGUUUAAAUGUGAAUACAAAUAAAACAGAUUGAGGGUGGGUGGGCUAAAUAUAUAUAUUUUGUAUUUUACCUUGAAGCUUUUGUACAUUUACUUAUAUAUUAUACUUUUUUUUUCCAGACUUAAUAAGUGCACCAGAAAUCAAAGCAAAUGUCAGCCAUAAAGUGUAAAUGAUAUGCACACUGCACUUUGGCUUACGUUUCAGUCCCAUCUAGGACUGUAGGAUAGAGUCAUUAAAAAAUGAUUGAUUUUUGAUGUUUACAAAGAGCAGUCAAUUAAAGUGCAUUCAUUGUAAUAUUAACAGUUCUCACUGAGCCCAAAGUUUCAACAUUUAUGCUUUCUUAGUGUUUAAACAUGUACAAUAUUUGGUGAAAUCUGUUUGUUUUAUGAGACACAUCUACUUGCAUGAUGUAAAGAGGAAUUCUGAAUGUAAACAUUCAUUAAUAGCUAAUUUUAUGAAGUAUAAACACUUAGCUUCAUACUUUAGGGUGGAUUUCUGUCAUUAUUGUAUUGCACUUUUUCAGUUUCAAACACAUGCCUGCUAAAUAUGCAAUAUGACAACCCAAAAAAAAACAUCCAUUCAUGGCUCGUUCAAAACUGUGAAAAAUCAUAUGAAUGCCCAUAUGUGCAUCGAAAUCAGUUACAGACACAAACACAGACAAUGUGUUUCAGAUUGAGAUCAAUGUGACUUCAUGCUCUCGCUUCAAUGUGCAAUGCAACACUGCCAUGCUGUGCCUUCUCUAUCUUAUGAUGAUUAUUAUAUUCUGAAUCAUAUUUGUACAUUUAAAGUCAAUAAAUAGCUAUAAAAACAGA